AUGUCCUUAUCACCAUCCCCAGAGUCUUCGCGGCCAUCGUCGCGAUCAUCCCGCAAGCCGAUGUCUAUAGAUCUGUCGAACCUCCCACAACUCAUCCAGCCAACUCCUCCUUCGAAUACCCUCAUCAUCACCAACCUGCAAGACCCAGAAAUCUUUCGCGCAGAUAACCUCCAAACGAUCAAGGACCUCGUCAACGCUUCUGCGCCAAUCCACUCAUGGGCACCACUUAAGUCUUUCCGCCGCAUUAUCGUUUCUUUCUUCGAGGAGGAUUCCGCUAUCCGCAUCAAACAAAUUCUAGAUGGCGAGGCUAUCAUGGGCGAGCGAGUAAAGGUUUAUUUUGGACAUGCGACUUCGAUCGAACCUAAAGACGAGCACCUGAACCUCCCAGACGCCGGAAAGCUAUUCUUCAUUUCCCCGCCACCAUCUCCACCACACGGAUGGGAAGUGAAGAUGGAAGAUGCGCCAAACAAGCAAGUUCACGCAGAGGAUUUGGCAGAGGCAUUGGCAAAGUUACAUCACAGACCAAGAACCGAUCUACCUGCAAGCCCGGUUAGCGAUGGAGAGACUGAGGGCAGAACACGAAGCGGAUCACUCGUUUUGUACAACCCAAGUGAACAUGGUCUUAGUCCAAACUUGCCAGCGAUCUCACUUGAUGAUAUGACUGGAGAUAUCAGCCCGAUCAACGUUGAGAAGCCACUGCUAGCACACACUUCAAGACCUCCACUCGAAUUGAUGGACGAGUCAUGA